UGUCCGCAGUCUCUGGUCAUCCCUGCACUGUCCGCAGUCUCUGGUCAUCCCUGUACUGUGUCCGCAGUCUCUGGUCAUCUCCUGUACUGUGUCCGCAGUCUCUGGUCAUCCCUGUACUGUGUCCGCAGUCUCUGGUCAUCUCCUGUACUGUGUCCACAGCUCUCUGGUCAUCUCCUGUACUGUGUCCGCAGUCUCUGGUCAUCUCCUGUACUGUGUCCGCAGUCUCUGGUCAUCUCCUGUACUGUGUCCGCAGUCUCUGGUCAUCUCCUGUACUGUGUCCGCAGUCUCUGGUCAUCUCCUGUACUGUGUCUGCAGUCUCUGGUCAUCCCCUGUACUGUGUCUGCAGUCUCUGGUCAUCCCCUGUACUAUGUCCGCAGUCUCUGGUCAUCCCCUGUACUGUGUCUGCAGUCUCUGGUCAUCCCCUGUACUAUGUCCGCAGUCUCUGGUCAUCUCCUGUACUGUGUCCGCAGU